GUCAUCCUCCCCUAAAAUGACGCAGCAGAUGCGGGACCUGCAGCUGGCACAGGCCAGAAAGCCACCGGGCCCGUCCUCGCCGAACGCGGCCAAGAGGCUCUACAGAAAUCUGUCGGGAAAAUUCCGUGUCAACUACACAUCCUUCGACGAGGGGAGCCUGGUGGGACGGGGUGAGAAGGAGAAGCUCCGCAAGUCCUACCUGUUCCAGAGCAAUGCUGCCCUCUUUGAGGCCGUGGAGCUGCAGGACCUAGACAGGGUCCAGGAGCUGCUGAAGCAGUACAGCCCUGAGGAGCUGGACCUCAACACCCCCAACAGCGAGGGGCUGCUGCCCCUGGACAUCGCCAUCAUGACCAACAAUGCUCCCAUCGCCAGGGCCCUGCUGCAGGCGGGAGCAAAGGAGAGCCCGCACUUUGUGAGCCUGGAGAGCCGCUCGCUGCACCUCUCCACGCUGGUGCGGGAAGCAGAGCAGCGCGUCAACGAGCUGACGGCGCAGGUGGUGAACGAGGCACCCAACGCCGACUGCUCCGAGAAGGAGAAGCAGCUCAAGGCCUGGGAGUGGCGAUACCGGCUUUACAAGCGCAUGAAGGCAGGGUUUGAGCAUGCCCGAGUGCCGGACGCACCCACCAACGUCCACCUCUCCGUGGCCAGCAGCUCCUCGGUGCAGGUGACUUUCUGGGAGCCCCUGAGCGUCAACUCGGCAGUCGUCACCAAGUACAAAGUGGAGUGGAGCUGCUCCCCCACCUUCUCACCGCCGCUGGGGGAGGCCGUGAUCGACAGGCUGAAGAACCUGCACUUCACCAUCCAGGGGCUGGUGUCGGGCACGGCUUACUACGUCCAGGUGUCUGCCUACAACAUGAAGGGCUGGGGUCCCCCGCAAGCCUCUGUGCCCCCUUUUGCCAUCCCUUCCAACUGGCGGGAGUACGAUGGCCGGGCUCCACGGCGGAGGGGACAAGCUGAAGCUCUGGACCAUCUGCUGGGCCAGGUGAAGACUGUCCACCAGCACUGCGUCUGCCACGAGCCCUGCAAGAACCAGCCCCAGAGCAGGAAGCACUCGGUCUCCAAGAGCCUCAAGCACCUCUUCCACCCUGGGAGCAAGUUUCUCAAGACGCUGAAGCGGGGCCUCUACCUGACAGCCAUCUUCUACAAGGACGACAACAUCCUGGUGACUCAUGAAGACCAGAUCCCUGUGGUGGAGAUUGAUGACACCUACUCCUGCCUGCUCAUGCAGGAUUUCCUCUGGUUCACCAAG